ACGUGACUUUUGGUUGUCGGACGCCAUAUUGGCAGUAAACAUGACGACCAGCGCCAGCAGCCUUCAAGAGUUCCUACCGAGCGAGUAUACGUGCCAUUUUAGUUUAGAUGAAAUUCGUUUUUAUACUGGAAAAUUACAUAGAUUAAAUAUAAGUGACCCAUAUAACGCUCCUGGGGUGCUUUUCAAGAGCAUAACAUCCAACGAAGAUUAUUUACCUGACUUGCGCUACGCUGACAUCCACAGCUAUCUGGUAAAUUUCCCCUCAGUCUACACUGGGGACUCCCUCAGAGCUUACAAAGGCUUGGAUGCUUAUAAAUGGUGUCAGUCCGGCUUUGUAACUCAACUUCGACUGUGGAGUCUUGCAUCCAAAGACUUCGGUAUCAUCACUGCAAGGGUUAAUCACUCCCAACGGCUGAAUGACAGUCAACUGAAGCCAUGGGUGGUGGUGAGGAACGACGGUGUAGUGAUGGGAGCCCACUGUAACUGCACAGCAGGACUUGGGGAGAGUUGUUCUCAUGUGUCAGCUGUGCUCUUCAGACUGUGGGAAAAAAACAAUGCAAGGCAUGAGGAGAUCAGCUGCACGUCCAAAAAAUGCAAGUGGACCUCUCCCAGUGAGGAUGCUGGGAAGAAUGUGGAGUACCAACAGGGAAAGGACAUCAUAUUCAACAGUAGUCAACAAAAUAAAAAGGGGAAUUCCACCAAGGGUACAUCUGCGCCCCCAUCUUUCCCACCCCUGACUGCUGCUGAGCAAGCGCAGUUCUACCAAAACCUCUCUCAGUGCCGGACUCAAAAUGGGAAGUCCUGCAGACCUGCUGUUCUGUCAGUUGUUCCCGGGUAUGCCACAACCUAUGUACCAAAGGCUGUCAAGCUUGAUUUACCUGAACCCCUUACCAGUUUGUACGACAAGAAGGCAAGAGACCUGAGCCUGGCUGAAUUACAAGAGCGUGCAGAAGGAAUAUUUGAUGACUUGACUGUCACUGAACAACAGGUAGAGAACAUAUUCUUUUUACUAUUGACUGAAAUCUAAGAUCUACCAUGUUAUGUGCACAUGUGCUGUGUGUGCUGCUAAUUUGCAAUGUAAAUGAGUAACUGAGUAACUGGAUUGGCAUGUUUUCUUCAGAGUGAUAUUGUAGAGGAGGAGACGCAAGCCCAGUCCAAGUCCAGAAUUUGGUUUGAUCAGAGGAGUGGUAG